GGGAGGAGGGGGAGGGGGAGAGAGGGAGGGGGAGGGAGGGAAGAAGGGAAGAAGAAGGAGGAGGAAGAAGAGGAGAGACUGAGACUCACCAGUGAACUUCAGGAGAUUGAGAGGGAAAGGGUGGAACUGACGGUGAAUCUCCCAAAGUUGGAGCCAUUCACACGAGACCAUCACGCCUCGUGGGUCAUCGACUCUCGUGACUCCUCCCCCACCCUCGACAAUGACAUCACCACCUUCCCUUCUCUAGGAGGGCACACUCCAUUACCGGCCCUCACCAAGAACAGAGUCAGCCAGAAACCUAAAUCACGGAGACCACUCGAAGAACGGGGGUCAAAGGUGAACAGGACGAAUCAACCAUCGUGUAGGAUGAUCGUCUCACAAUACUGUUCAAUAUUCACGUAUUAUUUUAUUUCUCGGAAUGUUUUUAGUGUGUGUGUGUGUGUUUGAAUCACAGUCACGAUAGCACCUCUCUGAUUUCUCUUUUUAUCUAUCUCAUCACUGAUGGUCAUACUACUGUGUCGUCACUGUCAUCAAUCAUGCGGCAAGUGUUAGUAGCUCAUUUUCAUCAUUACGAUGUGUAUUAUAUAUAGCAUGGCUAGCUCAUUUCACCAAUUCACAUGAAUAACUAUCACUCUGGGGACUCCGUAAACCAACUAUAAACAGGUUGAAUUGGUGCAUCUUUUAGACCCAUAAUAUUAUAAUUAUACUACGAGUCAUAAUUAUGCAUAAGAUACCCAUGG